AUGAAAUCAGACCCUACCAUAAGGAAAUCAAACAUCCUAUGUGAGUUCCACCAGGAACGAGGAUACAAAACCGAGGACUGCAUAGGCCUACGGCAAGAGAUAGUCAAGAUGCUGAACCAGGGAUACCUAAGGGAACUACUCAAUGACAAAAGGAAAAGUAACUUUGCAUGCGGAUGGGAACAACCCCAUGGGCCGCCGAAGCCACCCUCCCCAGCACGUACGAUAAACAUGAUCAUCAGAGGCGGCGACGACUCAACAAUCAAUCACGUCAAGUUCACCACCACGCACAAACUGAAGCAAACCAUCGCCCAUGAACGGUAUGACGACUUCGAAGAUAGUAUCACCUUCGAUAAGUCCGAUGCCGACGGUUUGUCUUUCCCUCAUUACGAUGCAUUAGUUAUCACUUUACGUAUCGCCGAUACGGAUGCUAAAAGGAUCAUGGUUGACAAUGGAAGUGGCGCAUGUAUUAUCCAUUUGAGGGUCCUCAUACGAUGGAGACUCGAGGACAAGAUAAUACCGCGUUGCAUAACACCAACUGGUUUUAAUAAUGCAGUGGAACGGACCUCUGGAGAAAUAUCAUUACCCGUUUUAGUAGAAGGAGUCACGCUAGAAACAACUUUCCACGUAAUGAACCAGGAAACGGUGUACAACGCCAUCAUAAGACGCCCAUGGAUACACGCCAUGCAAGCGGUCCCUUCAAGCUUUUACCAAGUGAUCAAAUUCCCUACCCCGUGGGGAGUAUUCAGCAUUCGAGACGAGCCGUGCACCGCACAGGAAUGCUACAAAAUAGCUCAAGAUUGCGCCCACACCAAACAACUAAAGGGGGCGAGUGCAGAGGCAUAG